GGCUGGGUUUCGGUAUCCGUCUGCGCGAGUACACGCUCCUACACACACCUGCACGCCACACUACACACGCAUGCACACACGUACACGACGCGAAGAGCCGAGGACAAGAGAGCCAAGUAAGGCAGAGUGCGUGGAAGGGCAGCCGCGAUUGGGGUGGGCAGCAGGUACACUGUCGGGGCCUGCGAAUGGUGCGCGAUAAUCCGUCAGCCUUUAACCAGAACGUACGAUCCGCGGGGCCAGUGACAACGUUCGAGGGUGUACGCGGCGGGUGAAAUGCGUUUUCUGGACGCGUACCGCAACCGGUCAGCGCGUGUGCCACCCGGAACCGCGAUCGAUCCUCGGGACGAUACGAUCCAGAAACGCGAUGGACGGAACCACCCUCCUGCCGCGGGACAGAUAACGCCGCCGGAAGAACGACAGCGAUCCAGGAUUCAGCAGGAUUAAUCGCGCUCCCGUCCGUUGAACGAUCGCCUAACUCCCUACCGAGCUCCAUCGGAACCGAUUGGCCCCAGUUUCGCGUAGCGAGCGUCCCCGAGCGGACCCGAUUACGAUCGAGGCAGAUCGGUCGCGGCAACAUCGAGCCCAGUGUCCCGCGGCUGAGACGCAACGAUGUGAUCAAGGAUUGCUCGCCAGCCGCGUUCCCCUCUCUAAGGGAUGUUCUCCUCCGCGGGCACCAGCUGCACCGACGCCGAGGAGGACGCCGAGGAUGUGGAGAACGACGUGGCAGGUACCGCGCAGUCGUCUAAUUACUUGCCGUCGGGUAUCCGUGAUAGCGCGCGCGAUCACCUGGAAGGACUGCGGUUAGAUGGGUCAUCGAUCGUGCGUCCACCAGCCAAGGACACAUCCGCGAGCCCAUCGACGUUGUGGUCGGUGCCCCGAUAGAUCAGGACCACCGUCCACCUCGUACCCACCGUCGUCGUCGUCGUCAUUGUCCUCAUUGGGGCGUCGUCUCUCGACGACCGGUCCUCCAACACGACCGGGAUCGCCAGAAGCUGAAGGUGCGAGCUGGCGAAAUCCUAGCACCGUCGGUCCCUGGGCCAGCUUGAUCAGGUGACGACGAACGCGUCCAAUCCCAUCCUAGUCGGCUGUACACGCGAUCCCAGGGUGCUCAACGGUAAUCCUGAUCGAAAGGGAACGGUCGUUGCUCGUCGUCCGAUCCGAUAAUCGUUGCUCCGUACUAUAGAAGACUGAACGUUCCGCAGGAGGAGCCAGGGGGAAUAGACCGUCGCGCGGCUACCGAGUGACCGGUCCGUUUCUUGUUUCUCGUUUCGCGCGCGGAGUAUUGGCCCGGACUAUUGGAUGACCGUGUCGGAGCCUACGCGGGGCUGAAGGUCCCUGGUUCGAUCCGGUUUCUAACGCCGUCGUUGUGAUUCGGACGCUUCACGAUGGUGAACAACCCUCGAGUGAUGACAUUCAGUUAGUGAAGUGCGUCGUUGUCGCGUGUUCGGAGCAGUCCAAAGAGAGCGAGAGCGAGAGAGAGAGAGAGAGAGAGAGAGAGGGAAGGUAAAAAGUGUGGUGAUCGGAAGAAGAGGUGAUUGAUAUGAGGCGUGGAAGACAGCCCGCGAUCGUCGUAGCCAGAGGCUGGCCGAGGUCCUGAUAGCCGCAGCGACCAGGAUCCAGGAUCAUCCAAGGGAGAAAGGAUGCCAGGGGGGCGCAGGGGCCUGGUCGCCCCGCAAAACACAUUCUUGGAAAACAUCAUACGACGGAGCAGCAGUCAACCUGACAGCAGUUUUCUCCUGGCGAACGCUCAGAUCGUCGACUUCCCUAUUGUCUAUUGCAACGAAAGCUUUUGCAAAAUCUCUGGCUAUAAUCGUGCCGAGGUUAUGCAAAAGUCCUGCCGCUGCGGAUUCAUGUACGGGGAGUUGACGGACAAAGGGACGAUCGCCAGGAUCGAGGAAUGCCUCGAGAGCCAGAUUCACGAUCAAUUCGAAAUCCUGCUGUACAAGAAGAACAAAAAACCACUAUGGCUGCUUCUGCAAAUAGCGCCGAUAAAAAACGAACGGGACCUGGUGGUCCUGUUCCUCCUUACGUUCCGGGAUAUCACCGCCCUGAAGCAGCCGAUCGAGGCGGACGACAGCAAGGGUGGCCUCUCGAAAUUCGCGAAGCUCGCCAGAUCGGUGACCAGGUCCAGGUCUGUUCUCGUCUCGCAGUUCAGCUCCCACCUGCCAGCCCUCAAGGAUUCCGCGAUACCGACUACCGGGAAACAGUCGCAUUUAGCUCAUAUGAUGUCUUUAAGCAGCGACGUUAUGCCGCAAUACAGACAAGAGGCGCCGAAGACUCCGCCUCACAUUUUGUUACAUUACUGCGCGUUCAAGGCGAUCUGGGAUUGGAUCAUUUUGUGUUUGACCUUUUACACGGCCAUCAUGGUACCCUACAACGUCGCCUUCAAAAACAAGACCAGCGAGGACGUAUCCCUGUUGGUCGUCGACAGUAUCGUCGACGUCAUAUUCUUCAUCGACAUUGUCCUCAACUUUCACACAACGUUCGUUGGUCCUGGCGGUGAGGUGGUGUCCGACCCAAAGGUGAUCAGGAUGAACUACCUGAAAUCGUGGUUCAUCAUCGACCUGUUCAGCUGCCUUCCGUACGACGUGUUCAACGCGUUCGACCACGACGAGGACGGGAUUGGCAGCCUGUUCUCCGCCCUGAAGGUGGUGCGUCUGCUCCGACUGGGUCGCGUGGUUCGCAAACUAGACCGGUAUCUGGAGUAUGGAGCCGCGAUGCUCAUUCUCCUGCUCUGUUUCUACAUGUUGGUUGCUCACUGGCUGGCCUGUGUCUGGUACUCGAUAGGAAGGUCGGACGCCGACAACGGAGUUCAGUAUUCCUGGCUGUGGAAGCUGGCGAACGUCACCCAAUCACCGUACAGCUAUUUGUGGACCAAUACCAGCACGGCGCCGGAGCUCGUGGCUGGCCCGUCGAGGAGGACCAUGUAUGUCACCGCGUUGUACUUCACGAUGACCUGCAUGACCUCGGUGGGCUUCGGAAACGUCGCCGCGGAGACCGACAACGAAAAGAUCUUUACCAUUUGCAUGAUGAUCAUCGCUGCCCUAUUGUACGCUACGAUCUUCGGUCACGUCACCACGAUAAUCCAGCAAAUGACAUCCGCCACCGCCAAGUACCACGACAUGCUGAACAACGUGAGGGAGUUCAUGAAGCUGCACGAGGUGCCGAAAGCCCUCAGCGAGCGCGUCAUGGACUAUGUUGUGAGCACCUGGGCGAUGACCAAGGGCCUAGAUACGGACAAAGUGCUCAACUACUGCCCCAAAGACAUGAAAGCUGACAUCUGUGUUCACCUAAACAGAAAGGUCUUCAACGAACACCCAGCGUUCAGGUUGGCCUCCGACGGUUGCCUGCGCGCGUUAGCAAUGCAUUUUACAAUGUCGCACAGCGCUCCCGGCGAUUUACUUUAUCACACCGGCGAAUCGAUCGAUUCCCUGUGCUUCAUCGUAACUGGAAGCCUCGAAGUCAUACAGGACGACGAGGUGGUGGCGAUUCUUGGUAAGGGUGACGUGUUCGGGGACAGCUUCUGGACGAACCCGUCCGUGGGCCAGAGCGCUGCCAACGUUCGAGCCCUAACCUACUGUGACCUUCACACGAUCAAGAGGGAUCGUCUGCUGGAGGUCCUGGAUUUUUAUCAAACCUUUACGAACUCCUUCGCCAGGAACCUCGUCCUAACCUACAACCUGAGUCAUCGGCUAAUAUUCCGGAAGGUGGCCGACGUCCGACGGGAAAAGGAGCUGGCGGAGAGGAGGAAAAACGAGCCCCAGCUGGAUCAAGCGCAGGAUCACCUGGUGCGCAAAAUUUUGUCGAGGUUCCGUAGGGAGAAACACACUGCCGACGUGGAGAAGGGCGACGGGAAGGACGGCAAAGACAGCAAGGAGGGGGAAUCCUCGCAUUCCAGGAAACUCUCCACCACAGACGAGAACACUACCGUCAAAGCACGACCGGGAAAGUGGGGACGGUUGUUAGGUAGCGCUAGUUUGGACUCCGGGAGCGAGACGGGGACUGGCGCGGACACGUUCAAACGGUCGCUGAGCGCGAGGGACGCGCGGCCCAGCUCGAGCGCCGGCAGCAACAAAGUGUUCCCGAAGUUUGGCAAGCUGAGCGGGACCAUCGAGGAGUCGGGCGACACGGAGGUGGCGAAGGAGAGCCAGCAGCCACAGCCGGCGCCAGCCGCCGCGGAUACGAAGCAGCUGCAACUACGCCGGCUGGAGAGCUACGACGACGGUCUGAUCAUCACGCAGACGAGCCACGACCGCGAGAUCCUGGCCGCGGUGCUGGAGGUGAAGGUAGACUUGAAACUGGAGGUGCAACGAGUGAACCAGAGGCUGGCCAAGAUCGAGGACAUCCUGCAGACGCUGAUGAAUCGGUUGCCGACGAUCAGCCCGCCGCAGCCAAAGGUCACGUUCGCGACUGGCAGCAACGGUUCCAGUCAGCCCCAGAGCUCGUCCAGUUGCCAGCAAGCCACGCAGACGUUGAGCGGGAACGGUAUCGCCGAGCAGAAGGUGUCGAUAGCGACCACGUCCGUGUCCACCAUGGCCAGCGAAGGGUACAGGGAGCAGGGCACCACCACCGAGCGCAGUUCUAAGCCCCAGGAGCAGCAUCAUCAUCAUCACCAUCAUCACCAUCAGUCGCAACAGUCGGACAGGCUGAAGGACACCGACUACAAGAGCUCGUCGCGAGAUGUGAGCAAAGAGCUGCUCGAGAGGCUCACGCAGGCGUCCACGUCGCGCGGAGACGACUCGACCCCGUUGGGACCGCUGAUAUUGCGGAAACGGAGGAGCAAGUCGCGGAACAAGGGCGCAGCGCCGCUGGCUCCGCUCGCCACCCAGCCGAUCAGCCCGUCCGAGGCCACGGAGACCACGCAGAUGCUCGAGUGCACCGACGACAGGGAACCGAGCGCCGCGGACAGAUCCGACAGGAAGAGGCCUCCGCCCAGGCCCAGAGAGUACUUGUGAAAGUUCUUGUGGCUCCGGACGGUUGUCUCGAGGCUUCUAUUCUGAGGAACACGCACGGCGGAACAACGAACGAGUGCUCUUGGACGCCGCCAGAUGUCGACCGAUUCCUGGUCCGCGGUAAAAUGGUGGAACAACGAACAACGGUACCUCGUAAAUGGUUUUUUUUUUUUUAUUUAAUUUUUUCCCCCGGGGAAGAAUCGACGCUGCAGAGUACGGGGUCUGUCACCGGAGGAAUGGCAAGAGGGAUGUACAGAGGGAGGACGGCGUACGCUACCGCUCAAAAAUUUUUAAUGGCAAUUUUACAAAGCUUUGGCAUUCCGUUCGCGGACGAUCUUUCGAUUUUCGGCCGUGUUUUCGUACCCCUCUGUUCCGAUCGUGCCGCGCGACGUUGACGGGGUCGGAGGCCCGAUGUGAACGCCACCGUUCGGUCGUCUGCCGCAACGACCUAUCCGCGAUGUUCGAAUCGCACACGCGUAGCGCGAACGGUACGCGAGAAAGUUAGGCGAUCGUUCAGACACUUGGGGCGAACCUUCGGUAGCACGGCGAUGGGGCGGUGUUCUUCGAGUGUUCGAGACAGCCAGCACGGCGAACUCUUUCAUCGAAGUGACGAGAUCAGGAAGAGAAAAAGGGAGAGAGAAAAAAAAGAAAAAAAAACCGGGAGGUUGUACCGACUUAAACCAUAAAUCUCUGUAAUUUCACCGCCGUACAGUUUUAAGGAUGCUGCAUUUCCGCUAAAACGCUUCGCGAAUGAUCUUCUACGAGCUUCAUCGAAGGACGUCGGUACACGCGAGGAACGAACCCGAGACGAAUAAAAGUACUAGUAUAAUUGCAAGAAAGAAAAUAAUUAUCCGAAUGUAAAAACAACAAAAAAACGAAAACAAAGCGAGAUGGGAGCGACGUUCGUGCCGGCGUGACGCUCCCGCUACCUACAAGUUGGCGUAUUUUUGCAUGGCCAAACAAAAUACAAAAAAAAAAAAAAAUAAGCGAUAAAACAAAAGAAAUUAUUAUCAAGUUUAACUGCUUGCGACGGCUUCUUCGAGACAUCGAACGUAAAAAAAAAACGAGAGAAAGAGAGAGUGAGAGUGUGCGUGAGAGAGAAAAAGAGAGAGAGAGAAAGAUAAACUAUUUCAGAAUACUCACGUUCUGCAUAAAGUACACACUCACACACUGUAAUUGUAGGUUUACACGCAUCUUAGGGGAUUUCAGAGCUAGACUCGUGGAGGCGCGCGAUAGAUGUUAAGUAAUGCAUCAAAUUAAACGGGGAAGAUAAAAAAACAAGUAAAACAAUAGAAACGAGGUCGGAACGAAAGUGAGAAGUGCAAAAGGGGCGGGGGGGGGAGUAACUGUCACAAACGAGACGUUUCGCUUCGUCGAGAUUUUGUACAGAUAUCUUUUUUCAACGCCCUGCGAGUUGCUCUGAACGAUCAGGGGCUGCGUUCGUAAAGAAACUUAAAGUAUAUAGUAGAAUUUUUAACUUGAAAUGUAAUCUUCUGAUUUCUGGUUCUCUAAAUAUGCCUCAUGGGCAUUUAUUAGUUACAGGGACACGAACAGAGGUUUUUAAAAAUAAAAAGACUCAAAUUAACUGUUCUAACAUUUCAAUAUCUUUCGUUCGCGUUUAAGAAUUCAAAUCGCGCGCCAAUGGAUGAUCCCCUGAUCGUUUUUGGCGGUUUCAACGGGUCGAACGAUGAAGCAAAGAUGGCGCUGAACAGUUCGGGAACCGAGGUGAGAACGACAACACGUCGAAGGCUCUCCUUUUGUUUUUUUGGAAACAGAGUUCGAGGACCGAGCAAAAGCUUCGCGGUCCUAAGGAGAAUGGAACCAAGACUCGUCGCUGAGUUGUUUGCCGUCGUUUUGCUGCCGUUAAUCGGCAACGACCAGUCCGCCAUCUGUUUUCGUGAUUUUCGAAGAGAGAUUCGCUGACAAAGCGAACGACGAUCGAUAGCCUUUCGACUGUUACGUCUCACUAAGCCGUGCGCGAUCGACAUCGGUUGUGACAGUGUAAAAAUUAGCGAUCUUGAUUUCACGUGUAUCUAAUAUAUACGUGUACACGUGUAAUUAACAUAUUCGUAUCUUAAUCCGUGUA